CAGGAAACAAAAAAGGACGAGAAGAAGAGGGCCGCUAAUCCAAGAUGGACGAGUCGCACACAAACGCGAAGCCAGCCCCGGAGAACCUGGACGACCCCCCCAACAGCCGCCUGUUCCUGGUUGCCAGUCGUUUCGUCACCGAAGAGGAGCUCCGGGAACGGUUCUCGGCAUUUGGUGACAUCCAGGACGUUUGGGUCGUCAAGGACAAGCAGACGAAGGAGUCCAAAGGCAUUUGCUAUGUCAAGUUCGCCAAAUCGUCUCAGGCCUGUUUGGCUAUGGAGGAAAUGCAUGGAAAAGUCCUACAGGAUGGAAGCAAACCCAUCAAGGUGUUUAUCGCCCAGUCGCGCUCGUCAUGCAGCCACAGAGACGUGGAGGAUGAGGAGCUGACAAGGAUCUUUGUGAUGAUCCCCAAAACCUUCUCGGAGGAAGACCUGAAGAACACUUUUAAGGAGUACGGCGACAUUGAAUAUUGCGUCAUCAUCAGGAACAAGCUGACGGGGGAGAGUAAAGGUUUGGGCUACGUCAGGUACUACAAACCUUCCCAAGCCGCCCUGGCGAUCGAGAACUGCGACAAAGCUUACAGGGCCAUCCUGGCGGAGCCUCGCAACAAGGCCUCGUCCUCCGAAGACUACAACAGCAUGGCGGCCAGGAGCGAUUACUCGAGCGGCGGCGACUCCUUGAACAUGUACCCCUUCAACAUGGCGGCGCAGGCCGAGCCUGUCAGCUACCCCAUGAUGGACUACCGCACCGGCGCCGGCAGCGGUGGCACCGACUUGACCCGCUGCCUGAUGGUGUCCACCCGCGCCGGGCUGACCCAGGAGCAGAUCUUUGCGCUGUUUGACAUCAUUCCGGGGAUGGAAUACUGCGAGCUGCAGCGGGACGCGUACGGCAUGAGCAAAGGUCACGCCAUGAUUCGCUACACCAACCUGGGAUCGGCACUUUACGCCAAAGACAAACUGAACGGAUUCGAGUACCCGCCAGGAAAUAGACUGGUUGUCAAUUUUAUGGACGACGGAGAAGAUCGCAGCAGCUCAGUCGGUAGGAUGGCCAUGCAGUUUGUGGCCACCCAGAUGAUGUCAUCGGUGUGGAACGGACCGUCCAACAGCCAAGGCAUCAAACCGAGCGCUUCUCAUCUGGGAUACGCCGGCCCUCCCGUGUCCCGGAUCCAGACGGACGUCAGCCUUCCGCCCCUCAAGAAGCUGGCUCCCUCCGACAGCAAGGCCAAGGAGCGCUUGUUUGUGGUCUUCAGCCCCGCCCCCCUUCCCAUGGAUGUGCUGGAGGACGUUUUCUGCCGCUUCGGUUCCCUGAUAGAGGUCCACUUGGUACCAGGCAGGAAGGUUGGCUACAUGAAGUACGCAGACAAGCAGUGCGCGAUGGACGCGUUGGCGACGCUACAUGGCCACAUCGUCAACGGCGUGAAGAUGAAGGUGAUGCUCGCCGACCCUCCCAGGGAAGAGUCGCACAAAAGGCUUCGCACGUACUAGCGUGCCGCCACCUGCCAGGCGACUGUUGUCAUGACAAAACGACUCCAGACCUGACAGACCCAACGACCCACACGGACGGGAGAACUCUUGACACGACCUUUGACACCUGUCUGACCGUACAGUCUCGGUGACCUUGCCGUGACCUUCCGUGUGAGCUUUUAGAGGUUUAGUCCUCUUAUUUUAUUCCGUCUUUUUUUUUUAUAUACAUAUAUAUAUUUCAUAGUCAAGUCUCAUUUCAAACUGCUGUUAGAGCUCAAUCGGUGGGAAGAAUCAUCCACACGGCGGCAAAAUGCCACAUUUCGACGCGCUUACGCGAAACAACGACGACGUUGGCCGUUAGACUCGCGGUAAAGCUUCUACUCGUUCCAAUUUUUACCGCGCACGUGGACGUCUGUUCAUUUUUGACAUUUUACGAGUUGAUUUUUGUAUGUUCAAAUGUGUUCCCACUGUGAGAGCUUUGCAAGUCCAAAUAAAAACGGCAGAUCAACACGUCA